AUGAUUGGUGGCAUUGUUUCACAGGCUGCGAUUGUCUCCAAACCAGUCAGCUUAACUGAACCUCCCCCAUCAGCAGUUCCUGGGGAGUUUAUUCUAGUUCCUAAGAAUUACCAACACAUCCUGGCUAUGACAUUUGCAGUAAAGGAGAUCAAUGAAAACCCACAGAUCUUGCCCAAUCUCACCUUGGGUUUCAGCAUCCUUGACAGCUAUGACAAUGCCCAGAAGACUUUUCAGGCUACAAUGCUACUUCUGUCAUCAGUGGAGAGACUGAUCCCCAAUUACAGCUGCAACAUCCAUAAUAAUUUAGUAUCUGUUGUUGGGGGAUUGGAUGCUGAAAUCUCUCUUCAUGUCUCCACCAUCUUGGAUAUCUAUAAAAUUCCACAGCUUCAUUACUUUCUAAAAGGAGUCUCUUUUAACAACAGUGCUGGGGACCAGAUCUCCUUUGACCAGAAUGGGAUAAUAAGAGCUGGAUUUGAUAUUAUCAACUGGAUUGCUUUCCCAAACAAUUCAUUUCUUCGUGUAAAAGUUGGGAAGGUGAAUCACCUAGCUCCUCCAGAUGAAGUAUUCACUUUAAAUGAUGAGAUCAUUACAUGGCACAUUUGGUUCAACCAGGUGCAACCUAUUUCUAUCUGUAGUGAAAGUUGUUAUCCAGGUUUCAGCAAGAAAGUAAAGGAGGGGGAACCAUUUUGCUGCUAUGACUGCAUCCCAUGCCCAGAAGGGAGGAUUUCAAAUGAGAAAGACAGCAAAGAAUGUUUUAGAUGCAAAGAUGACUACUAUCCCAACACAAGACAGAAUUUCUGUGUUCCCAAAAUUGUGACUUUCUUGUCUUACGAAGAACCUUUAGGGUUCAGUUUAGCCUGUCUCGCACAUUCUUUUUCUCUAAUCACAGUUCUCGUGCUAGGAGUAUUUGUGAGGUACCACAACACUCCCAUUGUCAUAGCCAACAACCGGGAUCUGACUUACAUUCUCCUCAUCACCCUCCUGCUCUGCUUCCUUUCGGCACUGCUAUUCAUUGGCCAACCAGGAAAAGUGACCUGUCUUUUGCAACAAACAACUUUUGGCAUGGUCUUCUCAGUGGCUGUUUCUUCUAUCUUCGCAAAAACCAUCACAGUGGUUCUAGCAUUUAUGGCUACUAAGCCAGGUUCCAGAAUGAGGAAGUGGGUGGGGAAGAAGUUAACCAAUUCCAUAGUUGUUUCCUGCUCCCUGAUCCAAACAAGCAUCUGUACUUUGUGGCUGUCAAUGGACCCCCCAUUUCCAGACAUUGAUAUGACCUCAGGGACUGAAGAAAUUGUACUGCAAUGUAACGAAGGGUCUGUGGCCAUGUUUUAUUGUGUUCUUGGCUAUAUGGGUCUCCUGGCUCUUAUCAGCUUCACCACAGCUUUUCUUGCAAGGAAGUUACCUGAUAGUUUUAAUGAAGCCAAGUUCAUCACUUUCAGCAUGCUGGUCUUUUGCAGUGUUUGGUUGUCUUUUGUCCCAGCAUAUCUGAGCUCCAAGGGGAAAUACAUGGUGGCUGUGGAAAUCUUCUCUAUCUUAGCCUCUGGUGCUGGGCUUCUGGGCUGCAUUUUUUUCCCAAAAUGUUAUGUCAUUGUCUUCCGGCCAGAGCUGAAUAACAGGGAACAACUAAUCAGAAGGAAGGAAUGA